AUGUAUUUGUUCGGCGCGUGCAGGUUAUAUGCAGCUGAAGUUCUUUUGGCGCUUGAAUACCUCCACUUGCUAGGAGUCGUAUACAGAGACCUGAAACCGGAAAAUGUUCUGGUCCGCGAAGAUGGCCACAUCAUGCUAUCAGACUUUGACCUUUCCCUUAGAUGUGCAGUUUCACCAACUCUAAUAACCACCUCUGCUUUACAUUCCGAUCCUUCCAAACAAAGAUCCAGAUUCUGCGCACAGCCAGCUUGCAUCGAGCCAUCAUCAGCAUGCAUCCAACCGUCAUGCUUUCUUCCUCGAAUCUUCCAUCAAAAGAGAAAGAGAAGAUCUGGUAAGUCCCUGGUAGACCCUGGGACGACGCCAUCCGGUGCUUUUCCUGAGCUAGUUGCAGAGCCUACUGCAGCUCGGUCCAUGUCCUUUGUAGGGACCCAUGAAUACUUCGCCCCGGAAAUGAUCAAGGGUGAAGGCAAUGGCAGUGCAGUGGACUGGUGGACAUUUGGUGUAUUCUUGCAUGAGCUGCUCUAUGGAAAAACCCCAUUCAAAGGUUCAGGGAAUCGCGCAACACUCUUUAACGUUGUCGGGCAACAGCUCAAAUUCCCAGAUGCGCCGCCUACCAGUUGCGCUAGCCGGGACCUCACCCGUGGCCUGCUCGUGAAGGAGCCACAGAACCAGCUUGGGGUGAAAAGAGGAGCAACUGAGAUCAAGCAGCACCCUUUCUUUGCAGGUGUGAAUUGGGCUCUGAUACGGUGCAGUAUGCCGCCAGAGGUGCCUAGGCCAGUCGAGGUUGAACCCCCCUCGAACAUACGUUCGUCGGUGUAGGCCCCGGUGGUGACAAAAGAGUGGGGACAGGCAUGAAAUCUGAGGGUAAAUACCUGGAUUUCGAGUUCUUUUAGAUGGCAUGUCACAUGAGUAUUUUAUUUGCACUGAUCCUAAUUCCAUUAGAAUUUUGAGCUCUCUUUACUAAACUGGGAAUUACUCCUGUAAAUUAUCAUCUUUUAUAACUUUAAAAUUAAACCUUUUGAUGUAAUAUCUGCUGAUGCAUCAAAGAAUAAACAUUACUAGGUGCUGCAAAA